UACCCAAACAAUACAAUACCUAUUACCUAUUAUUCUCCGCUUCACUUCUCUUUCUCUUCUGCCUCAUCCAUCCACACCACAGACAACACAAGCAGAACAAUCACCGAUUUCCUCACCCCAAUGGUGAGAGUGGUUCCCAUGGCUUCUUCGAUUCGGCCCACUCUCUUCUCCCUUACCUUCUCUCCACCUUCCUCACUUCCUCUCUUCAAUCCUUCUCCCCGUCUCUCCUUCUCUCUGUCUCGGUACCAUAAUUUUGGUCUGAAAGCUUCCAGAUUGUUGAGACAAGAUGGUUAUCCCGUCAGAGUCAUGGCAUCAGGGGACGUGUCACAAUCUGUAGCGGCUGCUUCACCAGAAAAUGUGCUUGAGUGGGUCAAGCAGGACAAGAGAAGAAUGCUUCACGUUGUGUAUCGAGUUGGGGACUUGGACAGGACUAUAAAGUUUUAUACGGAGUGUCUAGGAAUGAAGCUCCUCAGAAAGAGGGACAUACCGGAGGAGAAAUAUACUAAUGCCUUUCUGGGAUAUGGGCCUGAAGACUCGCACUUUGUUAUUGAACUGACAUACAAUUAUGGAGUUGACAAGUAUGAUAUUGGAACUGGAUUUGGCCAUUUUGGUAUUGCCGUUGAUGAUGUUGUAAAAGCAGUGGAGCUAAUAAGAGCUAAGGGUGGUAAAAUAACAAGAGAGCCUGGUCCUGUAAAGGGAGGCCGUUCAGUGAUUGCAUUUGUUGAAGACCCUGAUGGUUACAAAUUUGAACUUAUAGAAAGAGGUCCAACUCCUGAACCCUUGUGCCAAGUAAUGCUCCGAGUGGGUGAUCUUAAUCGUUCCAUAGAAUUUUAUGAGAAGGCAUUUGGUAUGGAGCUGCUUCGUACUCGAGACAAUCCAGAAUACAAGUAUACCAUAGCAAUGCUGGGUUAUGGUCCAGAAGAUAAAAGCACUGUUCUGGAGUUGACUUACAAUUAUGGAGUCACUGAAUAUGAUAAAGGAAAUGCUUAUGCUCAGAUUGCAGUAGGCACCGAUGAUGUGUACAAAACUGCAGAAGCAAUUAAACUAGCUGGAGGGAAGGUUACUCGUGAACCUGGACCAUUACCUGGUAUCAACACCAAAAUUACUGCAUGCUUGGAUCCUGAUGGUUGGAAGUCGGUUUUUGUAGAUAAUGUUGAUUUUCUAAAGGAGUUGGAAUAGAGUAUUUUUUGAAGGAAAAUGUUUGCAUCAGAUGUAUCAUAUUCAAAUCAGAUUUUGUAGAUAAUGUAACAAUGACACGAUAGCACCGACCCCUGUAAGCUGUGGCAGAUGUCUUUCUCUAAAUACAAUGAAGCAAGCUUUAGAAACACGUCUUUUUAUCUCCAUUUUCCUUGGCCCUUUGGCCUUCGUGAUUUUGGCAGUUGGACAAACUUUGCCGUUGUUCACUCAGGAUAUUUCAGAGGGGGCGUAUCAUGAUCAUCACUCUUCUAUAAAUUUUGGACACGGUUGUUUGCCAAUUGAAUUAGAUAAUUUUAUAAAAUUAUUCGAUUUAA